CAAAAUCUUCCCAUCCGUCAUUCGUCCCUUUCCUACGUCGAACGAUGGCGGUGGACGGCGUUACCGUAUUCAAGCUUGUGUCUCUAUUGAGCAUAUGGAUCGUGGGGUUUGGGGGUGGCAUCCUGCCCUUUUUCAUCCGCCAGCAGAAUCGGAAGCUUAUGAGUCGACUGAACUGCGUGAGCGGCGGCGUGUUCCUUGCCGGCGGGUUCAUGCAUUUGCUGCACGCGGCGAUGGAGAACCCAGGGUUGGCCAAGUGGUCCACGGUGGACGAAGGCAUCUACGCAUUUCCAUAUGCAGAAAUGUUCUGCACCAUCGGCUUUCUUGGCGUGUUGGUGGUCGAGCAGGUCGCGCAUUCGUUCCAAUCGGCCGCGUCGUCGCCUACGGGCAGCUCGUCAACGUCCCACCACCAUCCUCAUGAACCCCAUCAAUCGGAAGAUGACCACAGCAUCGACAGCGCCCCCUUCUUGGAACAAGUAGAAGGCGCCACGUUGCCACCAAAGAAGCGCAAGAAGUCGCACGACGACGACGAUCACCUUGCCUUUGACAAGAACGCAUCUGGAGCGGUCGCGUUCGUUCUGUUUGUCGCGCUUUCUUUCCAUUCGGUGCUGGAAGGACUCGGCAUUGGCGCGCAAUCCACAUCUGCGUGGGGCGUGUUCUUGGCGAUCAUCCUCCACAAGGGAUUGGCGGCAUUCGCCCUCGGCAGCGGCAUGCUCAAGAGUCAGGUGCACAAGGGCAAGUUCAUCGCGUACAUGUUCCUCUUCUCCAUGAUGAGCAUCCUUGGGAUUGUCGUCGGAUGGUGCAUCGCCGAGUCUGAAUCGUCCGAAGAGUCGGCGGCGGCGGGUAUCUGCCUCGCGCUCGCGUCCGGCACGUUCAUCUACGUGGCGGUGAUGGAGAUCAUUCCGUUGGAGUUUGGCCAUGGCCGGAGCGACCCGACCAAGACGCUGCUGCUCUUGUUUGGGUAUGCCGUGUUCGGGUGUCUCGCGAAAUGGUCAUAACAUAUGUGUUAACACACCCUACACACUUCUCCACCACUGCACUACGUUCUACUACACGUCGCCACAUCCACACAUGCGUAACAACUUGAUGUCGGAGGGAGGGGUCGUCUAUGGGUUGUCUAAGUGCAGCGCCUGCACCGAGUGCUCUAGUCCUAACUCGUCGCUGCCGCCGGCCGAGUCCAUGUGGUCGAGGUAGUCGUCGCCGAGUCCACGGUGGUGCACCCGCUUGUGCUGCACCUUCAGUCGCUUGGACCCAAUCUGGAACCCGUUCAUGCUCGCGAUCGCCGCGUCCGCCGCCUGCGCCGAGUCGUAGCUCACAAACCCUACAAACAGUAUUAGAGAGAGAGAUAGUAGUCCUUUGCUAGUAAUACUAGACGUACCAAAGCCCUUGCUCUCGCC